AUGGGGAGCGGGAGCGGAGCAGUCGUGUGGAGGGAGAUAGCGUCGUCGCCUCCGCCGGGAUUCGGCCGGCCGACGGGGAGUGCGGGCGGAACAGCCUCGGGGAGCGAGAGGCCGUCACCGGCCCCGGGAUUCGGCGCCGCGCGGCCGUCAUCUGCGCAGUCCGGAGGUUCCAAGUCUGCUGCUCGUACCGAUAUGUUGGUCGACGUAGGAAUGGAAGCUGGCUCUGAUAAUCUUGAGGUUCCACCACAUGUUGGGAAUGAAAGUGCAUCCCCCACGAAAGGCACAAAGAGGAAAUUUGUUGUUGAUGCAACCGAAGGUGCAUCACCAGGUGUUAAUACAAGUAACACUGGGCAGCACCAGCAUUCCCGCAGAAAAGGUAAGGGUCCUGGGAAACAUGCAAAGCUGGAAGACAACAAAGGUGCUACUAAGUUGGGGAGAGAUCAGACACCAAUCGGCGUAUUUGAAGAUGAAUGUGUUUUCUGCCAUUCAUUUAGAACCAGUGAGCCGUUCCAUGGUCCGAUGGUACUGUAUCGCAAUAGAAGGAUUGUGCCCAGUGACGAGGGCAACCCUACCAACGCCAUCUAUAUCCACGAGAAAUGCAUGGUUUGGGCCCCAAAAGUGGAAUCCAAUGGUGAUACUUUUAAGAAUGUGGAGAGUGAAAUCAAUCGUUCUAAAAGAUUGAGAUGCAGAAGAUGCAAACUCCGGGGAGCAGCGCUUGGUUGUUAUGACAACUCCUGCAGAAAAAGUUAUCAUGUCCCAUGUGCAAUGAUGAUACCAGAAUGCCGCUGGGAUCCUGAGAAUCACCGUGUUUGGUGCCCCAAGCAUGCGCCACCUGAUGAGCUGAGCUCACCAACAAUGGAGAGUGACACUCUUUCCCCCGUCCUUCAAAAUCAUUCCAGCCAAUGUCCAGCUAAAGAAAUUUCGGUCGAUUACCAAAUGGAAGAUGAACACAUUAAUCCAUUACCGUGCGAUGAGAUGAGCUCACCAGUAAUUGAAAGCGACAUUAAUUCCGCUGUCCUUCAGAAUCAUUCCAGCCAAUGUCCAACUAAAGAAAUUUCGGUCGAUUGCCAAAUGGAAGAGGAACACAUUAAUCCAUUACCGGGCGAUGAGAUGAGUUCACCAAUAAUUGAAACUGACAUUACUUCCCCUGUCCUUCAGAAUCAUUCCAGCCAAUGUCCAGCUAAAGAAAUUUCGGUCGAUUGCCAAAUGGAAGAUGAACACAUUAAUCCAUUACCGGGCGAUGAGAUGAGCUCACCAAUAAUUGAAACUGACAUUACUUCCUCUGUCCUUCAGAAUCAUUCCAGCCAAUGUCCAGCUAAAGAAAUUUCGGUUGAUUGCCAAAUGGAAGAUGAACACAUUAAUCCAUUACCGGGCGAUGAGAUGAGCUCACCAAUAAUUGAAACUGACAUUACUUCCGCUGUCCUUCAGAAUCAUUCCAGCCAAUGUCCAGCUAAAGAAAUUUCUGGCGAUUGCCAAAUGGAAAAUGAACACAUUAGUCCACUCGCCACAUCAAGUUCUUCUUUGCCUGGACAAGUGCCUGGCCAAUAUUUAGUUAAAGGAGGAACAUCUGUCCUUGAUAGAAGGGAAGAUCUGCAAGUAGAUCAGCUGAACACCUCGAGUUCUUCCUUGCCUCAGGGCCAAUGUUCGGACAGAGGAAGAAUUUCUGCUAAUCACCGGAGAGAAGAAAAGCUAGUAAAUCAGUCUAGCACCCCUGUGGAUCAAUGGGUUUUGCUCGGUAUAUCUUUAAGUGCAUCAGAAAAGGAUUCCUUGAAGGAAUUUGCAUCCUUAACCAGUUCAACCUUGGCUGAGGAAUGGGACAAAACUGUGACCCAUGUAAUUGUGGGCAGAAACGCCGGUGAUGCAUGUGGCAGAUCAUAUGAGGUCCUGAUGGCGAUACUCUCUGGGAAAUGGGUUGUCACAGCCGGAUGGAUUGUGGAUUGCAUGGUGGAACCGAUUCCAGAUCUAAAAACUUGCUUGGAAAAGCCGAUCCCAGGCCCGGAAAUUUCUUACGAGAUGAAUUUCUGUGAUGGCUCGUGCACAUCAGGUUAUGGACCAACAAAAGGAAGAGCUAGAGCUGCUGAACGGGCACCAAAACUGUUCUCUGGACUGCAUUUCUGCCUCAGCGCCUACAUAGACCCUGAAGACAGAGAAACCAUCAGAAGACUCGUAGCAGCUGGUGGAGGGCAAGUACUGGAGGGAAUCAGCCCAGACCGGUUGCACGAGAAUCUGAAUAAAAAUCCAGCGGAAGUGUACUUCAUCUACGACAGCGGCCCUCCAAGGAAGAUCACUUCGGAUUUCGAUCUUAUCCUUGGCAAGGAGAUUCAGGAGAGCAUCGAGUACGCGAAAUCGGGAGUGCAGGUGAUCAGCCACACGAGGCUGCUCGAUGCUAUCCUGUGCUAUGAUGCGCGGAUCCUGGAAAGGAGGCUUCAGCAAGACGUGUAA